UGAUUGAGGUUUUUGUGUCAUGGCGUCGUUGGCUUCAAACUUGAAUUCUGUUGCCAACCUUUGUAAUGGAAGAGAAUCAUGGAGGAUCAAGGUCCGUGUUGUUAGGAUGUGGGAGAUGUGCCCAAUUUCUGAGCCAGGGAAGCCCUUUGCUGUCCAGAUGGUGUUAAUUGAUGCUGAGGGCCAGAGAAUUGAGGCCACUAUCAGGAAAUCGCUCAUAAAGAAGUUGUUUGGUGAGAUUGUUGAAGGAAACAUAUACAGGAUAACCUAUUUUGCUGUGGUUCCUAAUCUUGGAGUUUACAAGGCUGCUCGACAUGAAUUCAAGAUCAUCUUUAAUAGCAGGACAAAGAUAGUGCCUGAAGAAUCCAAUCUCAUUCCUUUGUAUGGAUUUGCCUUUAUGAACUCAGCUGAAAUUUCUGACAUCAUGGGUGAAUCUGAACAUCUCAUUGAUGUGAUAGGAUUGGUUACUGCAGUUUCCCGUGAGAAACAAUAUACCAAAGGUGCAAAUAUUACAAGGAUGAUUGAGCUCCAGCUGACUGAUCAUAGGGGAAGUGUCCAAUGUACCUUUUUUGGAAGCUAUGUUGAUGUUAUUACUCAUCAUGUUCGAGAGAAUGGACAAGCUAUGCCGGUGGUUGUUAUCCAGUUUGCUAAGAUCAAGACUUUCAAAGGAAAUGUUGUGAUUCAGAAUGUUAUGCAUGCUACAAGGAUUAUGUGGAAUCAUGAAAUUCCAGAGGUUGUUGAUUUCCGCAACAGGUGUGUGCACUAUUAAAUCCUUUUCAUUUUCUG